AUGUCCAGCUUCACCGCCCUCAACGGUGCCUCGCCUAAGGCGGCGGAUCCUCCUCCGAAACCUAGUGACGUCGCGGACAAGAGCGGUACCUCUGAUGAACGGCCCCAGAGCUCUGCCACGCACCGGUCACGGGCUUCCCCCGAAGUAGUCAGCCACAAGGAUGGAUGGAGGGACCAAGAACGGCCUGGUUAUCAACCCUCAAGCUAUGCUCAGGUAGAAGGAGCACACAAGCGCAAGCGCUCAGACUCGGUCGAGGCGCGGCGUGAGCAGCAGGUACAGGAGCGGACACCGGACACGGCGACAGCUCCGACCACUGCAGAUUCCCGGGAGUCAUACGGGCCGCUGAAGCGAGAGUACCGGCAUUACGACGACGACGAACGGCGGGACAAGGAAUCGUCUUGGCAGGAUGACAAGGCAUCAUACGAAGGACAGCCAAACUCGUCCACCCCGACUCAAGGUCAGACGGAAGAGCAGAUUGGCGAGGCAUUGCGGAGAGCGACGGGUCAGAUGGAUCACAGCGACUACAGCCAGACCAGCCCCGAUGCCGAGGACCGGUCAAUGGCCGCGUACGGGAGUCCGUACGGCGGCGAGCACAGGCAAGACUCUAUCCUUCAGCACGACCCCAAGAAGCGAAAGCGCAACUUUAGCAACCGGACCAAGACUGGGUGCCUCACUUGCCGCAAACGCAAGAAGAAGUGUGAUGAGCAGAAGCCAGAAUGUAGCAACUGUAUCCGAGGCGGCUUCCUCUGCGCGGGCUAUCCGCCCCAGCGAGGCCCCGGCUGGCAAAAGGUGGACAGCAAGUCCGCGGCGAUACCACUCGAAUCCAAGGACCCCAGCUACGUACCACCGGGUGCCUAUGGCAUGCCGCAGCAUGGUCAUGGUGCGUACGGGGCCCAGCCGGUUAAGAGGGAGCCCUUGCCGCACUACCGCGGCCAGGCUCUGCGGAUAGACCCGCCCCAAGGCCGGCCUCUGGUCAUCUCGGACGACGACCGGCCAACUGCAUCAACACUGGCCAGCGCGUCCGUCGCCAGCCCUGAAAACAAGCUCUCUGCCAUGCCCUACACGCCCGGCAACGCCUUCCCUACACCCGUCAGCGCAAACACCCAGCCGCCGUCGUUUGGAGACAGGAUGGCCAAGGAGUAUCAGCGAGUGCCUCCGUUGCACGACUUGACCCGGAGCGAGCCAGAGACGCCGCACCCUGGGAACUCGCUGCCGCAAAUCAACAUCCUGCAUCCGACACGGACGAGCAGCCCGACGCCGCCGCACCCGCCGCCGCCGACGUCGAACGCGCAGGUGGCCGCUCAGCUGGCGCUCUCGCAUGCUCAGUAUCCGCAGAGACGGACGCAGAAGGAGGAGAUGCUCUCUGGCCGACACUACUAUCCGUUCGACAAGGAGCUGUGUCUGGAGCGCGAGCGCUGCGCCGUUGCCUGCUGGCGCUUCAACAACCUGACGACGCCUCCAACGCACGGCGUCUCGCCCGACGAGCGAGCCCGCCUGUUUCUCGAGAUCCUGCAGCCCCGUGAUCCCGUACGGGUGUCUCCCACCGAGGCGUCGCCCGUCACCAAUGUCGGACGCGUUGGCAGGCACGUCGCCGUCGAGACGCCCUUUACGUGCGACUACGGCUACAACAUCACCAUCGGCCACCACGUCGUCAUCGGACGAAACUGCACCAUCAACGACGUCUGCGAGGUCAAGAUUGGCGACAACUGCGUCAUUGGCCCCAACGUGAGCAUCUUCACGGCUUCUCUCCCUACGGAUCCCAAGAAGAGGCAGGGCGGUCAGGGGCCCCAGUUUGGCCGAGGCAUCACGAUUGCGCAGGACUGCUGGAUAGGAGGAGGCGCCAUCAUCCUGCCGGGCCGCACCAUCGGCAAGGGCAGCACGGUCGGGGCUGGUUCCAUCGUCACCAAGGUUUGUUAUGCCCUGACCCCCGCCGCGCAAUGUUAUGGUGUGACCAAUGUAGCUUACGGCUUCUCGCAGGAUGUCCCGCCGUUUACCGUCGUGGCCGGUAAUCCAGCACGCGUUCUGCGCGGCAUCGGCAACGCGCCAUAG